GGCGGGGCAAGCCGUGGAGCGGGUGGGGUUUGGGAAGAUGGAGAAGAGGCGUGCAUCUUCAGACUCAGAGUCAGAAACAGGGUGCUGCAACCCAGUGAGAAAGGGAGGGCCUGUGGGUAUGGACCAUGUUCUUUUGGCACUGCAAGAAUCCAAGGAAGAGAGGGAUGUUCGAAUUCGAAGCCUUUUCAAUUUUUUUGACUCGGCCAAUCUCGGAUAUUUGGACUAUGCCCAGAUCGAGGGUGGCCUCUCUGCCCUUCAAAUUCCUCCUGAGUACAAGUACGCCAAGGAUCUUUUAAAGGUAUGCGAUUCCAAUAGCGAUGGGCGUGUUGAUUAUCAAGAGUUCCGCCGCUAUAUGGAUGAUAAAGAACUCGAGCUUUACCGCAUCUUCCAAGCUAUUGAUGUCAAACACAAUGGCUGCAUUUUGCCUGAAGAGCUGUGGGAUGCCCUUCUCAAGGCUGGGAUUGAAAUUGACGAUGAGGAGCUUGCCCGUUUUGUGGAAAAUGUUGAUAAGGAUAACAAUGGAAUUAUAACUUUUGAAGAAUGGAGAGAUUUUCUUCUGCUCUAUCCCCAUGAGGCAACCAUAGAAAAUAUCUAUCAGUACUGGGGAAGGGUAUGCCUUGUAGAUAUUGGUGAACAGGCUGUUAUUCCGGAAGGCAUAAGCAAGCACGUACAUGCAAGCAAAUAUUUGCUUGCUGGGGGAGUAGCAGGAGCUGCUUCUCGUACUGCAACUGCUCCUCUUGAUCGCCUAAAGGUGGUUUUGCAAGUACAGACUACACAUGCUCGCAUUGUUCCAGCCAUAAAGAACAUAUGGAAGGAAGGUGGUUUAUUGGGGUUUUUCCGAGGUAAUGGAUUAAAUGUUGUGAAGGUUGCACCAGAAAGUGCCAUCAAGUUUUACACAUAUGAAAUGUUUAAAAAUGUCGUUAGAGAUGCUAAAGGGGAAGCGAAGGAUGAUAUAGGUGCUGCUGGCAGACUUUUUGCUGGUGGUAUGGCAGGUGCUGUGGCACAAACUGCUAUUUAUCCAUUAGAUCUUGUGAAGACUCGGUUACAGACGUAUACUUGUGAAGGUGGAAAGGUUCCUUAUUUGAAAACACUGGCAAGGAAUAUAUGGUUUCAGGAGGGACCUCAAGGCUUUUAUAGAGGUCUUGUACCAUCUGUUCUUGGGAUCAUACCUUAUGCUGGAAUUGACCUUGCUGCAUAUGAGACGUUGAAAGAUAUGUCAAAGACAUAUCUGCUUCAUGAUAGUGAACCUGGACCUCUUGUACAACUGGGUUCUGGGACAAUUUCAGGGGCUCUUGGAGCAACAUGUGUUUAUCCAUUGCAGGUUAUUAGAACAAGAAUGCAAGCUCAACGUACUAAUACAGAUGCUUCUUACAAUGGAAUGUCUGAUGUAUUUCGGAGAACCCUUCAACAUGAAGGUUUUAGAGGUUUCUACAAGGGACUCUUUCCAAAUCUUCUCAAAGUUGUGCCAUCUGCAAGCAUUACAUAUCUGGUUUAUGAAACAAUGAAAAAAAGUCUAGAUCUUGAUUAGGGAAUGUAGUAAACGUGCCCAAUGGCCACUAAGAUGAUUAAGCAUUGGUAUUACUGACGAUGAAGAUAACAAGGCAUGAAGAUAUGAAGAUACUAAAAAUAAGAUUACUAAUCCAGUAGCUGAUACACUGUUCAAAUUACAUGAUAGGUGGUAAUUACAUGUGGGAGCACAUGAUUUUGUAGUGAAGAAUGUUCUGGUUCCACAUUUGGCUGAACUAAUCGUUGAGAAACAAGAAUACACUGUGAACUUCUGACUGCCAGGUCAUAGAUGGUCCUUUUCCUUUUCAUUGUCAUUUACACUUUACCUCCAAUGUCCAAAUGAAACAAUCGAUACUUGUUUGCCUCUUUACUUUUAAGCAUGGUGAGGUUAUAUGAAAAUCUUUAACUUA